GAGGAGGUGAGCAUCAUGGAUGAGAAGAACAUCCCCAUCAGAACGUACCAGGUGUGUAACGUGAUGGAACCCAGCCAGAGCAACUGGCUUAGAACUGACUGGAUCCCUCGGUCUGGUGCGCAGCGCAUCUAUGUUGAGAUCAAGUUCACCCUCCGGGACUGUAACAGCCUGCCUGGAGUCACUGGCACCUGCAAGGAGACCUUCAACCUCUACUAUUAUGAGUCUAACAAUGACAGAGAGCACUACAUCAGAGAGAGCAACUUCCUCAAGAUCGACACAGUGGCAGCCGACGAGAGCUUCACUCAGGUGGACAUCGGGGAUCGCAUCAUGAAGCUAAACACGGAGGUGCGUAAUGUAAAGGUCACAACCCGGAAGGGUUUCUACCUGGCGUUCCAGGAUGUUGGCGCCUGCAUCGCUCUGAUCUCAGUUCGCGUUUUCUACAAGACCUGCCCCCUCAGCAUCCGUAACCUGGCAACCUUCCCAGAUACUAACACUGGAGCUGACACUUCCUCGUUAGUGGAGGUCAAGGGGUCGUGUGUGAACCAAUCAGAGGAAAGGGAGGAGCCUAAGAUGUAUUGUGGCGCAGAUGGAGAAUGGCUGGUUCCCAUUGGUGGGUGUGUCUGUAUCCCGGGAUACGAGGAGAAAGGUGGAGCCUGUCAGGCAUGUAAGGUUGGUUUCUACAGAGCUGUGUCUACAGACGGAGCAUGUUCUGAGUGUCCUCCACACAGUCACUCAGAGAAAGCGGGGGCUACUGUCUGUGACUGCAACCCAGGAUACUACCGCUCUGAGACGGACCCUGCAUCUAUGCCCUGCACACAACCCCCCUCUGCUCCACAGCAGCUGAUCUCAGAGGUCAACGAGACAUCAGUGGUUCUAGAGUGGAGUGCCCCCCUCAGGCUUGGAGGGAGAACUGACAUCAGAUACAGUGUGGACUGUCUGCUCUGCCACGGUCCUGAGAGUUACCCUGGGAGUCAAACCGGGAAUCAAACUCAGAUUGGCAGUUCGUCUGGGAGUGAACUUGGAGAGGCUGGUAGCCUUGGGGGUCCUGACGGGCCUCUUGGGACCCAGCUCUGCCUACCCUGCGGCCCAGACGUCCUCUUCUCCCCCCAGCAGAGUGGCCUGGGGGCCACCAGAGUGUGUGUGAGCGAGCUGCAGGCACACACACGCUACACCUUCACAAUCGGCGCCCGCAACGGAGUUUCCCAAGGCCACACUGCAGGGGCAAGAGAGAGUGUGUCUGUCACUCUCACCACCAACCAGGCCGCUCCCUCCCCAGUCACAUCCAUCCAGGCCAGUGAUGUCACCAGGCACGAUGUGUCGUUGGCAUGGCAACAGCCCGCCCGGCCCAACGGGGUCAUCCUUGAGUACGAGGUCAAGUACUACGAGAAGAAUCAGAAGGAGAGGUCCUACCGCAUUAUGAAGACGGCAUCCCGUAGUGCUGAUAUCACUGGGCUAAACCCACUCACUGUGUACGUAUUUCAAGUGCGAGCUCGCACGGCCGCCGGAUACGGAGAGUUCAGCGCCCCCUUUGAGUUUUCCACCAACUCAGAUCCCUUGCCUCUGAUUGGUAAUGCCGCUAACUCCACCCUUCUCCUACUGUCAAUCAGUGGGGGUGUGGUUCUACUGCUCAUCUCUACCACAGUGUUCAUCAUCAGCCACAGGAGGGGACAAUACAGAAAAGCUAAGCAGGACUUAGAGGAGGAGAAACAUUUAAACCCAGGUGUGAGGAUAUACGUGGACCCCUUCACCUAUGAGGACCCGGACCAGGCUGUCCAUGAGUUUGCCAAAGAGAUUGACGCCUCCAACAUACACAUAGAGAAAGUAAUUGGCAUCGGUGAGUUUGGGGAGGUGUGUAGUGGCCGUCUGCGGCUCCAGGGGAAGAGGGAGAUCUACGUGGCCAUAAAGAGUCUGAAGGCAGGAUACGCUGACAAACAGAGGCGGGACUUCCUCUCUGAGGCCAGCAUCAUGGGACAGUUCGACCACCCAAACAUCAUCAGACUGGAGGGUGUGGUCACACGAUGUAAACCAGUGAUGAUCAUCACAGAGUACAUGGAGAAUGGAUCCCUCAACACCUUCCUCAGGAAACACGACGGUCAGUUCACAGUGAUCCAGCUGGUGGGUAUGCUGCGGGGCAUCGUGUCGGGCAUGAAGUACCUGUCUGACAUGAGCUACGUUCACCGAGACCUGGCCGCACGCAACAUCUUGGUCAACAGCAACCUGGUGUGUAAGGUGUCUGACUUCGGCCUGUCACGAGUACUGGAGGAUGAGUCUGAGGCAGCAUACACCACACAGGAGGUGACUGGGACGUACCACUCUCCAGGGGGGAAGAUCCCCAUCAGAUGGACUGCUCCAGAGGCCAUCGCCUACAGGAAGUUCACUCCAGCCUCUGACACAUGGAGCUACGGCGUGGUCAUGUGGGAGGUGAUGUCAUAUGGAGAACGGCCAUAUUGGGACAUGAGUAACCAGGAUGUGAUAAAAGCGAUAGAUGAGGGUUACCGUCUGCCCCCACCUAUGGACUGUCCAGUUUGUCUGCACCAACUGAUGUUAGACUGCUGGCAGAGAGACAGAAUACACAGACCCAGUUUCACGCAGAUCCUCAACAUUCUGGAUAAACUCAUCCGCAACCCAACCACCACACUGAGGAGAACAGGAGGGGAGAGGCCUGUUCCCACUCUGUUGGAGCCUGUAGGAGGUCCAGAGUUUGUGUCGGUGUGGUCAGUAGAAUACUGGCUCCAGGCUAUAGGGAUGGACAUGUACAAAGACACCCUCACUGCUGCUGGAUACACCAGUCCUGACAGCCUGCUAACCCUCACACAGCAGGACAUGGCCAGUAUAGGAAUCGUCACACCAUCACACCAGGACCAGAUCCUUGCCAGUGUGCAGCAGGUAUUGCUGUCCCACAUGCAACAAAUACAGGAACAGAUGCAGGACAGUAUGGUUCCCGUCUGAGCCAGUGAAUGGAUAUAAAACAGAAACAGACAUUUGUUUUAAUGAAUUCCAUUUACGUCAUCCAUGCACUUUAGAUUGAGAUUUUCAUAAGGAAUAACGUCAACAAACAAACCCUACAACAGAAAAUAUGAACGGAGGAGAGAAAAGAGGCACUUUUAUAAACCAUAUAACCUUUGAACUAUGGCCUGAGGACUGACCUGAGGCUGAAGAA